ACUAGACCAGCGCGGGUUGGUGUCCGCUGUGAGUUCAGGCAGAGCGGCAUAGCGCAACAUCUCCGCUGCUGACUCCGCUCAGACUCUCCAAAAUAUCUCCUCCACCUCUCCAAAAGGCUUCUCCACUUCCCCCCCGUGUCUCUCUCCCCCUCUCUCCGGUGUCUCCAGACGCGCACCGCUAGUCGCUCCUCGCUGGUCUCUUACGCACGGACACUUCCUCCACAUUCCGCCGCGCUCCGCGUAUCGUUUCCCUCCCACGAAGACUCCCGAGCGCCAGCGACGACCUCGUGCUGCUCUACUUUCUCUUCUUCAGGUUCAGUAAUUAGUUGUUUUUGCGUUGAGCUCGGACUGAAGAACAAUGCGCUUCUGGCUCGUGGGGAUUUAGUGUCGUGACAUGCUUUCAGGACCCGGCGUCUCCACAAGGAAAUGGGACUCUCUGCAUGUAUGGUUACAUGAAUGUCAGCGCUGCAGGCCAGAUGCCGGUGAUGGAGGAGCUUGUCAGUGAGAGCGACAGCAUGCCAAAGCGGAUCGCUCUGAUCUGCUUCCUGUCUCUGGUCAUGCUGAUGAGCAUCCUGGGAAACCUGCUGGUCAUGGUGGCCGUCUGCAAGGACCGACAACUCAGGAAAAUCAAGACCAACUACUUCAUCGUGUCUCUGGCGUUUGUCGACCUGCUGGUGUCGGUGCUGGUGAUGCCGUUUGGUGCCAUCGAGCUGGUCCACCAGCACUGGAUCUACGGCGAGACCUUCUGCCUGGUCCGGACAUCGCUGGACGUCCUGCUGACCACCGCGUCCAUACUGCACCUGUGCUGCAUCGCCCUGGACAGGUACUACGCUAUCUGCUGCCAGCCUCUGGUCUACCGGAACAAAAUGACGCCCAUGCGAGUGGCUCUGAUGAUCAGCGGCUGCUGGGUGAUCCCCACCUUCAUCUCCUUCCUGCCCAUCAUGCAGGGCUGGAACAGCAUCGGCAUCGACCACCUGAUUGAAGAGAGGCGCCACAGCGAGGGCAGCAACUCCACGUCCUGUGUCUUCAUGGUGAACAAGCCAUACGCCCUCACCUGCUCUGUGGUGGCCUUCUACAUCCCGCUGGUCCUCAUGGUGCUGGCCUACCAGAGGAUCUACAUCACGGCCCGCGCACACGCCCUGCAGAUCAGCAUGCUGCAGCGGGCGGGGGGAGCCGGGCUCGGUGCGGACUCCGCUGACCAGCAACGCAACCACCGCAUGCGAACAGAGACCAAGGCAGCAAAGACUCUGUGCAUCAUCAUGGGGUGUUUCUGCCUCUGCUGGGCGCCGUUCUUCGUCACCAAUGUGGUGGACCCCUUUAUAGACUACACGGUGCCAGACAAGCUGUGGGUGGCCUGCCUGUGGCUGGGCUACAUCAACUCCAUGCUGAACCCCAUCCUCUACGCCUUCCUCAACAAGUCCUUCCGCCGUGCCUUCCUCAUCAUCCUGUGCUGUGGGAGGAAGAGGUACCGCAGGCCGUCCAUCCUGGGGUCCGGCGCUCCCUGCACGGCCACGCAGAUCAACGGCUCCACACAUGUGCUCAAGUAUUCUGUGCUUCAGAACGGGAACCACACGGAGCAGAAGAAGAAGUCUCUGCACACCGUCAAAGAGUCCCACGAGUCCUGCUUGUGACCAACGACGACUCCUCAGUCACAUCUCCCAUGUCCUCGGCUCUCACACCGCCACCGCAGAGACGACGGACAACACACCGCGGCCCUCACGGCUCAAAUCAGAUGCUACAAAUCCAGCAGAUCUCCUAAAUAAACAGAGUCCCGAUGGGACUUCAGGGAUCCAGGCGAGGAAUGUGACUUUUACAAAGUUUGCGUCUGGUUUUAAAGUUCAGUCGAAACUCAUCCUGUGGUCUUUAAAGGUGGGAGGGGGGACCUAGUGGACUGGAACUAAACCAGUUCUCUGUCUUUCUGAUGCCGUUUCUGUCAUGCUGGUACUCCCGUCUGCAGCCUCACGGAGACUGAGCUGUCCCAGUCGAACUGAAUCAGAUCCAGAAUGCGACUGCGAUCCCACCAGCAGGCCCGCUGGUAGCGAUCUGUGAAGCUCUGCUUGUCUUGUGGAGAACCGGCAGCUUGGCUGGAAUGUUGUAGGAGAAUUUCACAGCGUGAGACGUGAUUAAUGACUGACUGGGAGUCGUGGAGGGGAAUCAUGUUGCCAAAGCUAUUUGAUAUUACGUACAGAGGACCUAUUUGUGAUUAUUAUACGAUGCUCUCUGUUGUUUUCCGGUACGAAGUCAGAAAGAUUGAGGAUAGAUUUGAGAAGGUUGUUCCUUGUAGAACGAGCUUAAUACGUUGGCAAAAAUGAGCUUUUCAAACAAGUGAUAUUCAUGAAAAGAGGCGGAAUGUGUUUGCAAGGCUGCGUUAAAUCCCUGACCUAAGCGGUCAAAGUGCAUUAUUACAGAGGCUGCUAGCUCACACUCCGUGCCCCUCACCCCACGAGGCUCCGUCGGGAGGAAAAGUUCGAGGAUCACAACUCGUACAAGCUGAUGAGCGCGUGUGGGUUUUUGUGUGCAUUUACAUGGCGAUGCAUGUUUUCGUACAAGUGUAACUGUGCGUGUGUGUGUGUGUGUGUGUGUGUGAAUAUCCCCCCAUCUCACGCACGCUGUGUGGCCCCCGCUUCCCUCUGGACACGGCCCUUGUGGCCUCCGAGGCCACUUCAAAGAAUGUACCGGAAAUGUUUCCAUUUGUCCAUCUUCAUGGGGAUGGAGAACACUAAAGCCAACUCGUUAUCUUUACCCAUAAUGCAUCCAUGUCCUUUUUUUUUAAAUCUGAGUUGCAUUCGUCAGAAUUUUAGUGAUUAACCUCUAAUGAUCCCACAUUGAGCUUCCUGCCUGGCACCAAACAGCAGUAACGCACAGCAUCUAGAGCUCAGGAGGUGGUGGAGACCAAAGCAGAUCUAAAAGGAGGCUGAAUAUUGUAAAAUCAUCAGGGAGACAAACACGAGUUAAGAUGUAUGAUAACGUUGCUUUGUGUCUGCUGGAUGUGCAAAUACACUUCUGAUUCCUAUCACAUGAGAAAUACCAAACUGUAUGAACUUACGACAUAUGUCAGGGCUGUGUGUGUUACAGCUUAAAAGAUCAGUUUAUCAAAAGCAUUUUUCCAAGUUUGAACUCAUGUUGUUGAAAACCCAACAAAACAUUGCAACCCAACUUUCUACGGAUCAUACGCACAAACAUGCAGAAAUGUUUGCUUGUCAGUGACAACCACGCAUCUCCAAAUGCUGUGAAUUAGAAUUUAUAGAUAAACAACAAAUUGUCCUUUUAUAGGUUCAGAUUUCUCUUCAUUUUAAAAAUUCUUUAAAAACAAUUAAUUCAACAGCCCUUACUAUUGAGCAUACAUCUAGGGAAGGUAAUCUAUUUUUUAGAAACCCUUUUUGUUGUAUUGCAACUAAUAGACAAAAACUGCAUUAAGCCGGUCCAAUUAUUUCAUUCUGUCCGAAUGAAGUGUCUUUGGAGGGAGGCCUGGAGGGCCUGGAGGGCCGGGCUGGCGGUGCUGGCGACUUUCUCGCUUGAAUUAGUGACUUUUGGAGCGCUGCUUGCUACUUUCAUUGGAAACGAGUUGGCCACUCUGGGCUCUGGUCUUUUUAGUUGGACAGAUUCAAAAUCUGGCUUAUUACUCUUGCAGGUUUCUUAAACAAUGCCAAACCCGGCUUUAAAGCAAAGCUGUUUGUCUUUUUUUUUUUUUUUUUUUUUUACAUCACACAGUUAUCACCAAGAGGACAGCUAUGAAAUAUAGACAAACAGUGAACCAGAGCCAAAGCAGGCACAGAAACAGAGGCGAACCCUCCAGAAAGAGUUGAAUAGGAACAAACACAGCCCUCUCAAAUCAGUUAAUCAGACGAAAACACUGUUGAGCACUGAUGACUGAUUCACUGGCACGGAGACCAACCUAAAAAGCUCUUGACUGGAAACACUGGGCGGACGGCGUAAUUACAAAUCCCUGCAGAGACGAGCCCAUUGACCCAGUUUAGCAAGUCACAGUUCAGAGGAAAUGUCCAAUCUGAGACUUCAAAUACGACUCCAGUUCUCAUGUUACUCCAGAUACAUAAAUAUGAGCGUCACACAUCGAGCAGCCAAGAGAGAGGGAGAGGAGGGUCACACCAUCAGAUAAGAUGUAUAGUUCACUUCACUUCAGCUCUUCACCAUCAUGUGAAAACAUUCCCAUUUCAGACGGUGAACCUCCACAUUUUUAGCCAGAAGACGUGUUUUAUAAGACUAGAGAGUCAAACUUAAUGACAUAUCAGUGCUACAGAAGAGCUCAAAAUCUAUAUUUUUUUGUGAAUAUAUUUAUUUUUGUUAUUUUUAAGGGGUCCUGUACAAUGUUCAACAUAAAUGUCACCAAUGCCGGUCGAUGUACUGUACCAGCGUUGAACAGAGUGAUCAUUUUCAUCUGCAGGAAGCUGUUUAUCAGGCUGAAGUGUCCUUGAGCAACACAUGAAUAUCCAUCAGUUUCUGAGAGAUACUCGUCCAAAAUCUGUUUUCAGAGAAUCACUCACCUCCUGUAGUCUUCAACUGCCAUGAGACGUGUUUAAUUUCGUUCAUCAUAUUCGGCUACGAUGGACUCAAAGUAUCAACAUGUCCACAUAAAUGUCUCGAACCAUCUCUCCAACGUAAUAUAGUUCUCUGCUGUCCGUCGGAAUGCUUCAACAUGUCCUCAUACUAAACGACUGGAUGGGUUGUUUGCCAAAGACUCACAGAAAGACGCAUACGACCAUUUUAUUUAACGUUGUGAAACAGAACCACUUGGUUAGGUUUAGGAAAAGAUCAUCUGGUCUGGGAUGAACUAAGUGCGUAAGUAGCCAACGCGACGUGGAUACGUACUAAUGUUUUUCUUUGGGCCAUCUAUCCACCCUGACCUUCCCCCUUAUGUGUACUUUGUCGCUUUUUAUACGUCUCUCGACUUCCUCCUUUGCUUCCGUCAUGAUUGCUCAGGCCACUCGAGGUCGCAGCCGAACAACAAGCAUAAAUAUGGGAAGCAAUCAGGCGGCAAAACUUCGGUUCUGCCGAGUGAAGCCGAUGAGGAAGUGUCUUAAAACUAUGAGAAAAUGACUCUACUUCUCU